AUGGCUACCUCAAAGGCUCCCAAAGAGAGGCUGAAGAACUAUAAGUACNGAGGCAAAGAAAUGUCAUUGCCACGACAACAGAGGAUUGCUUCCAGCCUACAACUCCGGAAGACCAGGAAAGAUGAGCAGGUGUUAAAGAGAAGAAAUAUCGAUCUGUUCUCCAGUGACAUGGUUUCCCAAGAGGUGUGUUAGAACUCAGACUUCACUCUGGACGACAUCAUCCAAGGGGUGAAUAGUUCAGAUCCAAUCCUGCAUUUUCGGGCUACCCGGGCUGCCAGGGAAAUGAUAUCUCAGGAAAAUACCCCUCCUCUCAAUUUGAUUAUUGAGGCGGGGCUCAUUCCCAAGCUGGUGGACUUCCUGAAGGUGACACCUCACCCCAAGCUGCAGUUCGAGGCCGCAUGGGUGCUCACCAACAUUGCCUCAGGAACUUCAGAGCAGACCCGAGCUGUUGUGAAAGAGGGUGCCAUUCAGCCCCUGAUUGAACUCCUCUGUUCCCCAUACCUGACAGUGUCUGAGCAGGCAGUGUGGGCCCUUGGGAAUAUCGCUGACAGAAAGAUGCCAGACACGCAGGUGCAGAUCUUUACUCCCAGCACAUGGGAGGCAAAGGCAGGAGACUGUGCAGAAUUCAGAGACCAUGUCAUCUCCAAUAAUGCCAUCCCGCACCUGAUCAACAUUAUUUCAAAAGGCAUACCAAUCACAUUUCUUCGGAACAUCUCAUGGACUUUGUCCAACUUAUGCCGAAACAAAGAUCCAUAUCCCAGUGAGAGCGCCGUGCAGCAGAUGCUACCUACCCUCUGUCAGCUCCUGCUGCAUCGUGAUAACGAGAUCCUCGCAGAUACCUGCUGGGCCCUGUCCUACCUGACCAAUGGUGGCAAAGAGUAUAUCCAUCAUGUGGUGACCACCGGCAUCCUGCCCAGGCUUGUAGAGCUUAUGACCAGCUCAGAACUCAGCAUCUCGAUACCUUGUCUCCAAACUAUAGGCAACAUUGUGGCCGGAACAGAUGAACAGACCCAGAUGGCUAUCGAUGCUGGCAUGCUGACGGUGUUGGGCCAGGUUCUGAAGCACCCGAAGUCCUCCAUCCAGGUGCUGGCUGCCUGGACCAUGAGCAACGUGGCCGCUGGGCCCAGACACCACGUGGAGCAGCUUUUGUGUAACUUGCUGCCUAUUUUGGUAGACCUACUAAGGAAUGCAGAAUUAAAAGUCCAGAAAGAGGUUGUGUGCACUGUGGUUAACAUUGCAACAGGAGCCUCUCAGGGCCAGCUGACUCUGCUCGCCCACUCGGGAAUCUUGGAGCCAAUGCUGAGUCUGCUCUCCGCCCCAGACUUGGAGGUUGUCAUCAUCGUCCUAGACAUCAUUUCUUAUCUCCUCCAGCAUAUAGACAAUCUACAAGAGAAGAAAAGGCUGUAUUUUCAGAUAGAAAAAGUUGGUGGCUUUGAAAAAAUUGAGUCUUUACUGCACCACCACAACAUUUCCAUCAGCAAUAGUGCCCUGGACAUCAUUGAGAAAUACUUAUGUGAGGACGGAGAUGGUGACAGUUUGCCCGGGCCUGGGCUGAGGGUGUGAAUAUGUGGAGAACUAAGACAUCUCACACACCGGAUUGUAUGUCAGCCAGAGUACUGAUCGAUCAUGGACUUCCACGUGGCGUGGCUUCUGGCGAUAGUACUGACCACGACAUCCACAUGGUCUCUGGUGGGAGUACAGAUCUUGGACAUCUGAGCUGGGCCCCUCUGCCACAGCAAGAGCCAUGGACAACAUCACAGCCCUCCACAGCAGCACAGGCCAGUGAUGUCAACAUGGCUUCAAGGGGCAGCACAGACCCGACACCAUGGCAUAACUGUCAGUGGUAACACAGGCCACCGACAUCAAUACCUCCCCCAGCUGCAGCAGGACCACAGACGGACCCAAGCACGGCCCUGGGCAGCACCAGUCAAAUAUACAUGGCAAACAUUUUUUAUCAGCCGAGGGAUCUGACUAGGGACAGUGUCUUUUGUUUUUGUUGCCGUUAUUAAUCUUUUUUUGUUAGUCUGUUUCUUUUGAUUGGGGAACUGAGAUUAUUAAUAUAUGGUUAUUGAAAAGCAUGUAUUAUUUUCUGUCAUUACGUUGAGUUUUAGUGGUUGGUGGUGUCAUUUUCUGAAACAGGGUCUCAUGUGUUCCCAACUGGCCCUGAAGUUCCCAUGUAGGCAAAGCUGGCCUUGAGCUGAUCGCCUACUUCUGUCUUCUUCAGUGCUAAGAUGCUGGGGCACACCACUAUAUCCAGGUCUAGUUCAUACAUUUGUAAUAAAUGCUUAUGAUUUUAGCUUU